AUGCUAGCACGAAAGUCCCUUCCAAAGCUCAGCGAGCUCCCCCUUGACCCAAACCACCCGCCGAAUUCAGCAUGGGGCCUCUGGGGCAAGGGGGACAAGUUGGGGUCCUUGAACUAUCUCACCGACGAGGCAGUCCUCAAUGCUGUGAAGACAGAGGUCAAGAACGGACAGAGGGUUGGGCUCGACCUACCACUGGACUUCUUCAACCCUCCCCUGUUAGGUAGGGUUGGUCUUUCUCAAAAUGUAAUAAGAAAAGACCCAAUGGUCGUGAACGACGAUGUGAUUACGUUCAACACACAGUGCAGUUCCCAAUGGGACAGCACACGGCACUUCGCGUAUCAGAAGGAAAAGAAAUUCUAUAAUGGUAUCACACAGGAUGAAAUUCACGAACAUGUUUCAACGGACCAAAACAGCCUUCAACCCUGGACUGCAAGAGGUGUCGCUGGACGUGGCGUCUUGAUCGACUAUGCAUCAUGGGCCAAAGAGAAAAAUAUCUCAUACGAGAAAUUUGCGAAGUGCGGUAUAUCCUUGGAAGACGUCAAGGCUAUCGCUCAGGCGCAGAAACUAGAGUUCCAAAAAGGCGACGUCCUGUUUCUCAGAACAGGGUACGUGGAGGCGUACAGGGGCCUGAGUCCAGACAGGAGAAAGGAGGUCGCGGCGCUGAAGGAGUGGAUCGGUCUAGCCCAGGGUCGCGAGACAACCGAGUGGCUGUGGGACCACCAGUUCGCCGCGGUGGCCUCUGACUCACCUGGAUUCGAAUGUCGACCUCCCGUUGAUCCUGCGUGGCACUUACACCCGAUUCUGCUGGCCGGUUGGGGGACGCCAAUAGGGGAGCUUUUCGAUUUAGAUACGUUGGCUGAGCUUUGUGCCCAGCGCCAGAGCUGGUCCUUCUUUUUCACCAGCGCUCCUUUGAACUAUACUGGCGCUGUAGCGUCACCGCCCAAUGCGAUUGCGAUCUUAUAG